AUGGCUGAUGAACACACAGUCACCACUUGCCUAGUAUCAUUCGCACAGCAUAACGGCUUUGUCAACCUACAAAUCAAUAACGGGCCACUGCACCAUCGCGAUGUUUUGUCGGCAGGAAAAAUAUUCUUUGCCCCAGAUGUGCAACUAGUAGACGCAAGAGUGACCUUUGGCAGUGAUGGUGGACCUGAGGACAAGCCUUUUGACAUGGUAGUCUUAUUCGACCGAGGGCUGCAUGGUACCAAAGAAUGUCCUUACCUCGCUUUAAAAUUGAUCGACAAGGAGAAGAUCAUCAAUUUGGGCAGGGAAGACUAUAUGAAUGUCAUGAAAUCUGUCGAGUAUGUCAUAGCUAGAAUACAACCUGCGGACAAUGAGACAACCGAGUGCAUGGCCACAAGAGAAGACAGCGGGUAA